AUGUAUAAAUACAGCAUCAACAGUGUUGUCAAUCAGAUUGAAGUCUCAACGUCUUCACGUGAAGAAGCGAAACAGAGAAACAAAGAGAGUGAGAAAUUAGCAGACGAUUUACUUCCAGCACCAUUAGAAGAAAUCCAAAAAAGCAGAAAAAAAAAUAACGUUCCUUAUUCCCACCAAAACUACUUCGUUUUCAUCUUCUUCUUGUUCUUAUUGACUUUUGGUUUUUUUUCUGUAACCAACUCAGAAGGAAACAAUGAAAGGCUGUCAAUACAUUGUCGUCAGUUUGCUAUUUGCUGCGUUGGUGUCUUCGGUGUCCUGCCAAUGGUUUUACAACAAUCAACUGAACUGCUUUGCCCGUUGCAUGACUUGCCUUAUGACCGGGCUCGACUGUGAACCUCACCAUCCAUUCCCAUCAGGCUAUGAAGAGUGCCAGUUCAACUGCAUAUUAGAACACGCGACCGUUUAUCAAACCCUUUCAGCAAUUCAAAACGGUUUACAUGUUUGCAGGGAGAGAAAAACAAGAGACCUCAACGUUCUUAACUCGUGUGUCCGUCAUCAAAUUAGAGUUAUGUUCCCAGAAGUCUAUGUGCAGUUAACUUGGAUGCCUCAAACCAGAACAGCAUACUGAAAAACUUGCUGAUUCUUUUUUUUUCAUUUUGAAUGUAAAAUUGCAUGUAAAAUUGAAAAUAUCAAAUUAAUUUUGAAAUAUAUUUCAAAGCUACUGAACACAAAAAGAUAUUUCCUUUUAAAUAUGUUGUGUGUCAAAAUAAUUAUGAAAGACAUGUACAGCAAUUAACAGAAAGGAAAAUAAACAGAUAUGGAUAAACUCA